GCCCAUAAUUAUGACAGAAUCCACGUUUAUAGUUAUCCAUGAUCUUUAUACGAUUAGAACUUACUACUAGAAUCAAAAAUGGAGUCUCAGGGACAGUGGAAUCCUCUUCUAUCAUUUUCAAGGUUUAUCAAUCACCACUCUAACCACCUUGCAACUCGUUUAGAAGAAACGAAACGUCUCGCCGGAACCCUAAUUCAAUCUCACACUCGCACCAAACCAGCCUUCGCCGCUACUUUGACUCCCAACCACGUCGCCAAGUCCCUCGCCGGCACCUCCGUUUACACCGUCAGCAAUUCCGACAAUGAGUUUGUUCUUAUGUCUGACGCCGAAGGUGCUAAGUCCAUUGGAUUGCUCUGCUUUCGCCAAGAAGACGCAGAAGCAUUCCUGGCUCAGGUUCGAUCGCGGAAAAAGGAAUUUCGAGGCGGCGCUAAGGUCGUUCCUAUAACACUUGAUCAGGUUUACAUGUUGAAGGUUGAAGGUAUUGCAUUCCGAUUUUUACCCGAUCCAGUUCAAAUAAAGAAUGCACUAGAGCUCAGAGCAGCCAACAGGGGAAGUUUUGACGGAGUUCCUGUUUUCCAGUCAGACCUUUUGGUGGUGAAAAAGAAGAACAAGCGUUAUUGCCCUGUAUAUUUUUCUAAGGAAGAUCUUGAAUAUGAACUAUCUAAGGUUUCCAGGUCAUCUAAAGGUGUUGGAGUUUCUCAGCAUAUAAUGGUUGGUAGCUUUGAAGAUGUACUGAAAAAAAUGGAGUUGAGUGAAAAAAGUUCAGGGUGGGAGGAUUUGGUUUUUAUUCCCCCAGGAAAAAAGCACUCUCAACAUAUGCAAGAAGUUAUUGCUUAAUUAUCUGGGCGCCAAGAGCUUACCAUAAUUUUUUGUGGUUUUCUUGAGCAAAUUGGAUGUAUUACUGUCAAAUUCUAGUUAGCUGAUUCUGCUUUAAGGAUUCUCUAUCGAUCCAAGGUUGUCUAUAGGUGAGAGAGCAUAGGCAUAUCUGCCAUCAUCCAUUUAAGGAUUGGUCAUUGGAACAUGGAAAUGUGUUGAUAGAAACUGUGGUUAAUAUAUGUCUGCUGAUGUGUUUUGGGACUUGAUGGGGGUAUUUCUCAGGUAAGCCUCUCAUGCUUCUGAAGAAGUCAUAAGCUGCUUCUGUGUCUGCAAAGUUGGGAAGAUAAGGUAAUGGAGGAGUUAAAAGUGGAGUAUAACUCCCUCUGUAUUCUACUCUAGCAGUGGUUGUAGUGUUAUCAAACUCUACUCCUCCAGUUGAAUAUGCUCUUGCAGCCAAAUAGUAGUGAUUAGGUUCUUGGUUGGCAUGCAACAAUACAUCCAUUGUUUGUCCUGGUGAUAUGCAAAUGUAGUCUUUUGUCAUUGGCCUUGUGUACAUAGCAUCGACACCAACAACAGUGAGGUUGUGUUUAGAAAUAGCAAAAAAGAGCAUGAGAUUCAUUGCGGCAUUAACAACGCGGAGAAGAUAUGUCCUUCCCUGCUCUACUCUUAGCCGGAAUGUUUCUGGAAAUUAGAAGAAAAUUAGAAGAGUUAAUGAUUAUUUUAGAGAAAAAAGUUACACUAACGGCCAAUAAUUUUCUUGAGGUCAAUUAGAGGUUAAGGUCAAUUAUAAUAUCAUUUACUAACAUAUUCCUAAAUGUCAAUAUAUUGUGAUACUCUACCCGCCUCACAAAUGUCAUUCUUUACUCUACAUUUUCUCUCUUAA